AAGUCUCAAAAGCCAUUCAUUAUCCGAAAUAGAAUACACUAGAGACGACAAUACACUAAACACUGAAAAAUUGAACAAGUAUACGUAUAGAGGCCGCUACCGAGACUUCUUGUUUUUCUUCCGGGCAACUCGAGUGAGCAGCUUCCUCGCGGUCUGGUACUCGGAGUCUUCUUCGCUCGAGUCUGCCCACAUAUCCGGAGUUGCGCUUCGCUCCCAUGGAGGAUGCCUGCCCUCGCUCCCAGCGUCAUCGUCGUCAUCGUCGUCGAUCGCCGGAGGUGUCGUGGAGAACGUGGGCUGCAGUGACACCCGCACACUCUUACGACGCUGCGGACCUUGCAUUUGCGUCGACGUCGAGCUGGCUGACACGUCAGAGCCUCUUCCAUAGGCCUCGAUAUUACCAUUGCCGUUGAUAGGGCUAUCAAACAUCGUCGCAGACUCUUUGUUGGGUGGCAGAGGAGGCGAUUUGUCCUCGUCGCCGUCGGAGAAGGUCUCGUGACCGGUCUCGUACGAUGAUAUAGACGCUCCGUCAUCUGAAUCGCCGCCGUCUGCAGUGACCACCGGAACAACAGUCUUGCUUCCUUCGAGAUUGAGGACCGGAAUCGUCACCGUGAUGGGCGCGGGAGCUUUGACGAUGAUUGGAAACGAGGGCGCAACGGCUGCUGGGAGCGGAGGAACGACUGGUGCAGGAGACGCGUUCCUCAGCGCACUUCGAAGAGGCGAUUUCGCAGGCCGUCGAAUCGAUGAAGCAGGUGAUGAAGCAGCUGACGCCGGGUUCGAAAGGCUGUUUGAUGCGGGCGCUUGUGGAUAUGCGGUGGCAAACACAGACCCCGGCGCUCGAGGCAGCCCGUCAAUCUGCAUCAAAUUGGAAGUCAUUGCAGGCAAACCUGUCCGACCACGACUGUUCUGACCGUUCGAGCGCGGGACGUCUAUAGAUGACGAUGGCACAGGAGCGCUCGAGCUCAACCCUGUGCUCGCAUCGUUAUAGGCGGCCCAGCCCUCUCGAUUUGCUUGAGCCACGCCCUCAACUAUGCUCAUCAGACUGGGGAUAUCGGUCUGUGCACGAGGUGCAGAAUGAACGGGCAUACUGGCCCGACGCUCUUUCCUGAUUGACCCAGCAGGCAUCAGAGCGAUCGCCUGCGGCGAUCCACCGGCCGCAGUCAUAUCGAGCGAAACUCGACGCUUGUGGGUGCGUGGUGGGACCACACUGUCGCCAUCGGCCGAAACACUGGACACCGCCGUCCUGUCUCUCUUUUUGCUCUUCUUGCGAACGAGAACGACUUCAGAAGACGGCCCAUCACUAGCCCAUCCUCGAUCCUCGACUUCCGCCCGUCGAGGCAGCGGCAUGAGCCCUUGCCCCCCGACCCAUUCUUCAGCUCUGAGGACCGCUGUUUUGUUCACUGCACUGCCCUUUCUCCGAACAGAGCCUUCACUCAAGACACGGGGCCGAGGCUCAGAAAGCACUUCGCCGCGUGCAUCGUCCUCCUCGCUCAAUUCCCUGAGCUUUCCUCGUCUUUUAGCAGGCACAGCAGAAGCGGCAGCGACAUCGCUUCCUCCUUUGCGGCCACCAAACAGCCCUCGGAUGCUGCCAAAAAAGCCUGAACUGCUCUUUGACGGGGCAGGCACGCUCAUUGUGCUUGUGCUGCGCAGAGAUUGUCGUCGAAGGAAACUAUCUUUUCUCGACGGCCCGGCUUUGACUUUGGCGUUAUUCGCAAACCGGGGAUUCUCGACAAUCUCGAGCUGCGCAGGGGAUACCGGUUCGUCUUCACUGCUGUUUUCCUCCGCAGUACGCAGCAGAUCUUCUUCCGUGAUUCGUCUCGGUAAUGUGCGAUGCGCAAAUGGCAGGACGGGCGCCGAUGAGUCGUGCAAAGCAUGGGCAGCAGGGAAAGCGAUACCGCUAGAGCUCGAGCCUUCCGCGGAAGGGGGAGGCAGACCUGCAUUGCUGUAUAUAUGCUGUUGAGGUUCGGGGAAAAGUUGGAUUUGAGACGCGGACUGCGAUGGAGCGAGCGAUACAUCCGAGCCAGAGACGCCCGGCAGAGGCUUGUUUACGUCCGAGACGGGCGAUGGAAGACGAGGAUGCGGUCCCCCUUGAGCCGUCAAGGCGCCGAUCCGCCCAGCCUCGCUCCAUUGCUGGCCGCAUUCAGCCAGAGCGCGACACCGAUCAGCCAGACCCUCUCUGACCAGCGCGGCGCGAUGGACGUCCAGCUCCGCCUCCUUCGACGCCAAAUGGGCUUCGCAAGCCUGCAGUUCGGUUUGAGCCGCGGCGAGUUUGGAGUUGACGGAUGGAAGUGACGUAUGCGACUGGCUGGCGGAAAGGACUAGCGAAGAUGACGAAAGGGACGGAUGUGGACUGAGUUUGGACGCCUUGAUGAGACGGGUGACACUACGCAGUUUCGUCAGCUCUGACCGUAAAAUCGCAUCAUACCGGUAAGGCUGAAACCUCGCCGCAGACAGCUCGUCUGGCACAAGACUCCACUUCAGGGGCCCGUGCAAGGCCAUGAAACACACCCGAAGGACACGGACAUGCGCGAAGCACUUACAGAAUCUCUCUGUCCCUCAUGAUAUUUCCAACCUCGUCCUCCAACCCCUUGAGGUUCUUCAGGUAUUCCUGCCAUCGCCCCACCGCGACCGCGUAGUGCCUGAGGGCCUCGUCGGCAGAGGCGAGCUGCGCAGAAACCGCGAGAAUGAGAUGCGCAGAGGCGGGCGAGGAGGCUGCGGCGUAGGCGGUCACCGAAGCCAGAGAAGCAUUGGAAUGGUCGAGAAGGGUGGUAAGAUGUUUUGCGUAUUCUUUUUCUUGGGAUAGAAGGUUCGAAAGAAGGCGCGAGUCUGCUGGACGGUGCACCAUAACAGUAUCGUCGGUGUCAGGCGAAGAUGCCGAAGAAACGGCUGGCACCGCAGUUGUUGCGAACUUGUGGUGGUUGGUACCAAGUUCUAAAUUGGGGCGCCGAUGAUGGUGUUAUGAAUUGGG